GUUGUGCGCCAUAUUGGCAAUUUCCUCCAUCUCACCAAGCCAGAGCAUGUAUGCAUCAAGCCGGUUGUUGAGAACAAUAUAAACAUUUUACAGCGAACCCAAAAUACAACACCAUGGAGGCAGUCAAAGCAUUCAACGACGAGCUCUACUCUCUGAAUGAGUACAAGCCUCCGAUCUCCAAGGCCAAGAUGACCAAUAUUACCAAGUCUGCAAUAAAAGCUAUAAAAUACUACAAACAUGUUGUCCAGAGCGUGGAGAAGUUUGUUCAGAAAUGCAAGCAAGAGUACAAGGUCCCAGGCCUGUACGUCAUGGACUCCAUCGUGCGGCAGUCACGACACCAGUUUGGCCAGGACAAGGAUGUGUUCGCCCCGCGCUUCAGCAAAAACAUUAUCGGAACCUUCCAGCACCUCUACCGCUGCCCCUCAGAUGACAAGAGUAAGAUUGUCAGAGUCCUCAACCUGUGGCAGAAGAACGCCGUCUUCAAGAGUGACAUCAUCCAGCCGCUGCUGGACAUGGCUGCAGGACUACCCCCUCCCAGUGUCACCCCUGUCAUGACCAGCAGGGAUGCUCCGGUCAACAACGCUACGCCUGGUACCCCAGCGACCCCGGCCACUCCAGCCAACAUCGUGUCCAGUCUGCCUGACUGGGCGUCUCAGUUUUCCAACACAGACACUGUAGCUGCUGUGGCCCAGAUCCUGCAGAGUCCACAGGGACAACAGCUCCAGCAGCUGGUGCAGAGUCUGCAGAUGCAGCAGCAGAAGCCACAGCCGUCUCUGCUGCAGGCGCUGGAUGCAGGCCUGGUGGUCCAGCUGCAGGCCCUGACGGCCCAGCUCACUGCUGCCGCCUCAGCCAACCCCAUGCACCUCAACCCCCUGGACCAGAGGGUUUCCUCCUUCAACAAGAAAAUGUUGGGUCAUUUUGACUUUGGGAAUGAUUCAGAACGCUCUGAAGAAUCCAAAAAGGACUCACAAUCAUCCCAGAUGCCCAUGGUGUCUGACUCCAUCUUCCACCAGCUGGCAGAGCAGCUGCAGCAGCAGAACCUAGAGCAGUUACAGAAGCAGCUCAUGGAGCACCAGCAGCACCAGCAGAAGGAUGGAAUCUUUGGGUCUGAGAACACACCCCAGCAGAGCAGCAGUCAAUCACAGCACCCGGAGCCAGACAACAAGAUUGAUGACUCCAUUGAAAACCAGCAGCAGGACAUGGACAUGGACCUGGAUGACGGGCCAGAGAUGGACGAAGAGAUCUUCGAGCCAGAGGACAAGAAGUCCAAGACGAUUGACAUACAGUCAAGAACACGGUCCAGGUCACGAUCGAGAUCUCCCAGGAAGAGACGGUCCAGAUCACGGUCAGGCUCUCGGAAACGGAAACAUCGCAAGCGAUCGCGGUCACGCUCCAGAGAACGGAAGAGGAAGUUGUCGCGGUCCUACUCCAGCGAGAGACAUGCCCGCGAGCUAGAGAAAGAGCGUCAGAAGAAAGGACUGCCUCCAAUCCGAUCCAAGUUUCUCAGUGUGUGCAGCACCACUCUGUGGGUGGGACAGGUAGACAAGAAGGCCACUCCGCAGGACCUCACCAAUCUGUUUGAAGAGUUUGGUCAGAUUGAGUCUAUCAAUAUGAUCCCUCCCCGUGGCUGUGCCUACAUCUGUAUGGUCCACAGACAGGAUGCUUACCAGGCCAGACAGAAACUCAGCACUGGUUCACACAAGAUCGUCUCCAAGGUCAUUAAGAUCGCUUGGGCGCUGAAUAAGGGAGUGAAGCAGGAGUAUAAGCAGUUGUGGGACAUGGACCUGGGGGUCACCUACAUCCCCUGGGAGAAGGUCAAGCUGGACGACCUGGACGGCUUCGCUGAGGGAGGCAUGAUCGACCAGGAGACUGUCAACGCCGAGUGGGAAGCAGCCAAAAAUGCACCAGAGCCAGUGAAGGAAGCGGUGAGCCAGGCUGUUAGCGCUGAACCCAUGGCAGCCACUAAUUCCCAACAGACCCAACAAAAGGCCUUCAUCCAACAAGUCUCCAUGAUGCCUGUGCAGCACCCUGUGGCCCAGGCUGUCCCUGCUGGGGGUCUUGUGCCUCCAUCCUUCCCUGUUUCCAUGACAAUGCCCCCGCCAGGCUAUGGCCCCCCGCCCACCUUCCUCAGAGCAGGGUUCAACGCCUCCCAGCCUCCUCCAGGUUUCAUGCAGGCAGCAAGUGUUCCUCAGCAAGCAGGCAUGGGCUCAGCUCCUAUAUCUCUGGUGCAGCCCUCCAUGUCGCAGGCUCAGGACAGCAUGAAGGACUCCCCGUACGGAGCCGCUGUCCCAGGAAGCUUCAUGCCCUCUGCCAUCCCUGGACAAGGGGUCUUCAACCCACUUCAACCUGGAGUCCAGACGCAGCAAGGAGCCAAUGACAAGACGGGCCAAUCUGCUGAUGGCAUGGACGCUGCUGCAGAGUUAGUACUGCAAGGUAUGCAAAAUGCAAUGAGUCGUCGUAUGGGUCUUCUGGGGAUGCACCCCUCAGCCUCCCUCACCCACCCCCUACAACAGCAGGGCCUGCCUGGCCAGAGGAUGCCUGGGCUAAUGCCGCUGGACCUCCGGCCUAGUAUGCUCCAGGGAGCCGGGGCCCGCUUCCCCCUCCUGAUGCAGCAGGGCCUGUCCCAACAGAGUAUCCUGGAUGCCUCCCUCCAUGCACAGGCCCGCGCCAGAGCGGCCUCCCAGAUGGACCACUUCAACAGGGCCGAAGGGGCCUUCAACCGGGGUCCCAACCCCCCAAAUGAAAACAUGUCUAAGGCUGAAGACCAGCCUUCCUCUCGGGCAGACGAGAGCCAGCAGGGGAGGGACCAAGACUACCGCUUCCCCCCGCCCCAGGAGAAGCAGAGCACAGGCCUGCUGAGGACACCUCCCCCGGAGCACAGAGAGUCCAUGGGUGGAGGUGGACGUGGUGGGGGAGCUGGUGGUGGGGGUAUGGGCGGAGGAGGAGGCAGACCUGCCCUGCUGCAGACCCCAGUGAGGGAGCCAGCUAGAGACAGCGUGGUAGGGCGGCUUCAGGCCCUCGCCGGCUUCACCCCCCAGACCCAGAGUCGCUGGGGGCCACCUAGAGGGGACUUUGAUGAGCGUGACAUGCGGGGCUCACCAGCCGGGGUCUCCAAGGGCUUCCAGGAGGAGCACCCUGGCUCCAACCAGGGGCAGAACUUUCCCAACCGCUUUGAGAACCAGAACCGCGCUGGGGCAGGAGGAGUAGGUGCUGGUGGUCCUGGUGGCGGGGGUGUUGGAGGGGGCCCGGCGUGGAGUCGUGGUGGAGCUGCAGCACCGUUCGCUGAUGCUGACAUGCCACAGGACUUGGAUGAGCGCCGGCGCGCUUGGGACAGGCAGCAACGGGAGAGGGACGACAGGGAAUUUGACUUAAGGAAGGAGAUGAACGGCAACCGCCGUGAGAGAGAUAGCCGCGAGAAAGACCGGGAGAGGGAGAGAGAGAGGGACCGGGAGAGAGAAAGGGACCAUGGCCGUGAGCGUGGCAACCGUGAACGAGAGCAGGAGUGCGACCGGGAGAGAGAGCGUGAAAAGGAGAGGGAGAAGGAUCGGGAGAGAGAACGUGAGCGGGACCGUAACAAGCGUGGAGCCUGGACACCUCUUCUCCCUCUACCACAACCCCUACUUCCUACUCCUGCCCUGACCCCAACCCUCUCCCUGACCCAAGGCAAAUCUCAGGCCCUGCUGCAACUACAGUCCAGGCUUCAACCUAAACCUGGAUUCCUAACUAAACCAGGUCUGCUUCAAACUCCAAUCCUCCUAACUCGGUCAACAUCUCAAGCCCCAACCAAGUUCCUUCAAGCCCCAUCCCAGUCUCCAACUCAAGCCAAGAAUGAAGCCCUCCCCAGGCCUGAGCCCCAGACAGAGUCCCAGUCCUCUACCCAGGCCCAUGCUUCCCCUAAGUCUGAGUCCUCACCCCAGACCCAAUCCUCUCCUCAGAACCAGUCAUCACCCCAAAACCUGGUUUCCCCUCAGACCCAAUUGCCGUCCCCUCCCCAGGCCCAGUCCUCGCCAUGGGCACAGCUCCCACCACAGGCCCUGUCCCCACCACGGGCUCAAACGCCACCACAGGCCCUGUCCCCACCACCGGCACAGUCGCCUCCCCAGGCCCUGUCCGCACCACCUGCACAGUCGCCACCACCGGCACAGUUGCCACCCCAGGCCCCGUCGCCACACCAGGAGAUCGCUGACACCCAGGAAGAGCCAGAGAAACUCCAGGAAGAACCCAUGGAAGAGCCUGAACCCAUAGAGGAACCUCCAUCUCAGUUGGUCUAUGGGACGGGGUUGAGGAUGGACAUUGACGUAGUGGCUGAGCCCACACCUGAACGGGCUCCCACCCCUACCCUCUCCCCCACUCCAGCCCCACUCUCAAUGUCACCUGUCCUCACACACCGCUCUGAGGAACCCCAAUGCCUGCCGGAAUCCCUGGACGUGCAGCAACCACCACAGCAUGCCUCCUCCUCCCCUAAGGACAAUGGACUGAGUGAGCCGAUGGAGGAAGCUGAGAAACAGCCAGUGGUAGAGCAAACUGACACUGAGGGGACAUAAUCAUCACUCAGUAGGUAAAGAUCAUUUUGUAAAGUUGUCUCUUCUCUGUACUCAUGUCAGCCACCCACGGGACCCUGGGUAGUAAUUUGCAUAAUAUUGUCUGAUGACCUAACAACUGAUUUUAUUUCUCACAUAACGGUGUACUUCAAUAGAUGGCUCGCUAGCUGAUUAAAUGGUAGGUGAUUAUGUUUUUCAAUAUUUUCUUUCUUUCUUUUUUUUAAAGUUGUAAUGCCACCCCACGAUUUAAAGCUUGGUGAAUUUUAAUGAAAAUUGCUUGCCAAAAUGUUUGAAUUGUAAAUGAGAAAAAGAGCUUUGACCUUCCUAUGGAAGAGUGUACGGAUCCUGGCUGUUUCCACUGAAUUGAAUCCAGAUGAGGGAAUACUUGAAAACUGCAGUCACUGGCCUGUUUUUUUCUCUUCUUUUAAAAUAUGCUGCAGCAAAGUUUUAAAUGAAUGCCUUUGUGGUGUCCUAUAUAUAUGCUUCUGGUCUAUAAGCAGAAUAUAGCCUACAUACAGUAAGAAUCGUACAGUUGCUUCUAAAAAGGAACAUCCUAAAAGAUUAAAAACAUGACCUGUGUUAUCCCCAAAAGAAAUGUCUGUCAUUUGUUCAUCAUAAUGCAGUGAUUCAAAGGACAAAGUAAGCCAGAGAGAUAAAAAAAAAAUAUAUAUAUAUAUAAAUAUAUAUAUAUAUAUAUAUAUAUGCAUUUUUUUUUUUUAAGGAUGGUGGAUGUUGGGUGCAUUCUGUUUUAGUUUGAAAUAAACAUGCUUUGUUUGUUAACAAAU